CUCUCUUCGUGGAAGCGCAUAGUCGAGUGACAUCGUCAAACCUUUCACCAUACUCUGAAACAUGGAAGAAUUAAGUAGUUGACGUUUCCUGAACCUUCUCUUUUUAAGCUUUCUUCCGUCUGAUCAUUGAGUUCCUAGUGAGCUGAUCGGUCCAGUUUUUUUUUGACGUUUUCUGAGCUUUCACUGUCUGACAAGAUGAAGUACAUUAUCGGAAUCGGCGGCGUAACCAACGGGGGAAAGACCACCCUCACCAACAGACUGAUCAAGAACCUCCCCAACUGUUGUGUGGUUCAUCAGGAUGACUUCUUCAAGCCACAAGAUCAGAUUGAAGUUGGUGAAGAUGGCUUUAAGCAGUAUGAUGUCAUCACUGCCCUGGACAUGGACGCCAUGAUGAGUACCAUCUACGCAUGGAUUGACAACCCUGUGAAGUUUGAACGGUCACAUGGCGUCAACAACAACUUGGAUACCGAGAUUCUCCAGGAGUCCGACCACAAGGAUGAGGAAACUCACAUCCUCAUUGUGGAAGGAUUUCUGCUUUACACCUACAGACCUUUGAUCGACGUACUGAACCAAUCUUAUUUCAUUUCAAUUCCAUACGAAGAAUGCAAAAAGAGGAGGUGCUCAAGGAACUACGCCGUACCAGACCCCCCCGGUCUGUUUGACCGUCACGUCUGGCCCAUGUACAUCAAGCACAAGAACAUCAUGGAGGCAUCAGGAGUUGAUGUUGUGCAGCUAGACGGAACUAAGUCAAAGGAACAGCUGUACAACGCUGUCUAUGGAGACGUGCUGAACAACAUCCAGACGUGUCAGUGAGCAACUAAGGUCGGCUAAGAGAAAGAACAUGUAUUCUGCCUGCGGGAUGAAAGGAGGAGUGCCUUGCCAUAACCGUUUCUACGUCCGGUAGCUAGCCUCUCUGUCAGCGCCGCACUACUGCCUCUGAUGCUUCCACCAUGACGUGACUAUUAGUGUAAAUUAUUACCUGGCGUUAUAUGCUGGCAUGGUUUUAUAUCAUCCAUAUUUAUUGCUUUGUUACUACGAGUCACAUAUAUGACAAUGGGUCAGUUGCGUGGAGGCUUGCGGCUCAAAGCACAACUCCAAUAAACAAUACUCCUGCUU